AUGAUCACGCUUCUCCUGCUGAGUGUGUUGGUGGUCCCCAUUCCCCAUGCUGGGGGCCAUGCUCUGGACACCUCCCACCUGCCCCGAGAGCUGCCUCCAGGACUCCCAGCAGAUAUCAACAUCACAUUCUUCAAUGGGGUGUUUAAAAAUGUGGAAAAUGUAGCCGAAAUUUUUGACUGCCUGGGCCCCCACUUCUCCUGGCUACAGGCUGUCUUCACCAACUUUCCUGUUCUGCUCCAAUUUGUGAAUGGUAUGAAAUGUGUGGCAGGCUUCUGCCCCCGGAACUUGGAAGACUAUGGCUGUGCCUGCAGGUUUGAGAUGGAAGGACCACCUGUGGACGCGACCGACAGCUGCUGCUUCCAGCACCGUAAAUGCUAUGAAGAAGCUGCUGACAUGGACUGUCUCCAAGACCCUGCCAAGAUCCCCACAGACGUCGACUGCAUCAGCAGGACCAUCACAUGUGAGUCCCAGGAUUCCUGUGAACACACCUUGUGUACCUGUGACAAAGCCGCCAUAGAAUGCUUGACUCACUCUAGCUUCAACUCCUCCCUGAACCACCUGGACACCUCCUUCUGUCUGGCUCCGACUCCAGAGACAACCAGCAGGAAAGAGCUAACGACUCAGCUGCCCAGAGUGGUCCCUGAGGAGCCCACAGAUUCCAGCCUGGGAGCCCUCUCCGGAGAAGUGGCUGCCGAACCGAAAUCAGACAGACUGACCACGCUCCCAAGGACAAAACCAGGUCGAGAUCUGGAUUUCACAGAAGUUUCCAGGGCCACAUCCCCUCCAGGAUCUGCAGAGAUUAUUGUCACAGCUAAAGGUGUCACCCUGGUCCCUGAUGGCAUUAAACCUUUGGAGUUGGAAGUACCAUCCCUCAAAGGGGGUCCUGAGCAGACAACGGGACAAGUCUGUAACAGGCUCUCGUUCCGGCACCUGGGACACGGGGGCCACACGCAGGGAAUGCCACAGCUUGGAGAGAUGCUCUUUUGCCUGACGUCCAGAUGCCCAGAGGAGUUUGAAUCUUAUGGCUGCUACUGUGGGCAAGAGGGACGAGGUGACCCCAGGGAUGACCUGGACAGGUGCUGUUCGUUCCACCACUGUUGCCUCAGACAGGUGAAGAGACUGGGCUGUCUGCUGGAGAGGGCUCCUCAGUCACGGGUGCUAUGCAUGGACGGGACACCCAAGUGUGUGGGGCAGAGUCUCUGUGAGAAGCUCCUGUGUGUCUGUGACCAGACGGCAGCUGAGUGCAUGGCCUCCGCCUUCUUCAACCAAAGUCUCAAGUCUCCAGGUCCAGUGGAGUGCCAGGGUUACCAGGCGCCGUGUGUGGACAGUAUGCAUGGACAACCCUCAGCAUCUUCCCUGGACUCCAGCUCCGAGGAGAACAGCGAGGAAGCCACAUCUCUCCUGAAGGGCCUGAGAACCAGGAGAUUUGUGCGGAAGUCACUUGGUCCCGUGGGGACCAGGCCACCCCAGGGGAGAUAG